AGUUGGCAACAGACCUUCGAAGCGGUCGGUGGGUGGUGAGAGCUUUUGCUCCGUGGUUGCCUUACGUCGUUUUUCUUUCUCUUUCUCUCUCUCUCUCUCUCUCUCUUUCUCUCCCUCCCCCUCUGUCUGUCUCUCUGUCUUCGUUUCUCCCCAUACACGGUACCCCCUCUCCUAAUAUCUCUUACUCUUUCGCUCACUCACCCUUUCCAAGGUAUAUAUCAUUGGUUCAAUUCCAUUUCCGUCGUGGGUCGAGAGAGCGAAGAGAAGGAAGAAGACGAUCGAACGGGAGUCUCUUUUGAAGGAGGAGGAGGAGGAGGAGGAGGAGGAGGACACGGGUGAUCACGAGAGACAUUUCUGACAAACAACGAAAGACGAAUUCGCGUGCGCGUCGAUAGUCUCGAGAACGGCCAUGGGGCCCGACAGGAUCAUUUGACCCGUGGGGACGACUCCAGGCUCGGUGGAUUGUGCUACUGCCUCGCUCUAUACUUCGAUUCGGAAUGCACUGCCUAGGUGCGGUGACAGGAAGCACUCCCAGCCCAAAUGGGGCUGGUAGUCGAGGCGGUAUUCUUAGUAUGUUCCGAGCUCUUGGAGUCCUUGUAUGCGAAGGGAGAAUCCAGGGUCCUCCGCGUGGCUACAAAGAGGGUCCCCAUUGUGCGCCGCCCAUGCAACCUUUCCCAAACAACCACGUCUGCGAAGAGGACAAUUAUUUGUGCGACCGGUAUCUUGUCCUAGUUCGAGAACUCGCCGAUCGAACUGCGAUCGGAUCGUUCCUAUGCGUCGAAGUACUACUCUGCAGCAAUUGUCAGUGCGGCUUGGCAAAAGCUACCAGCAAGCACCCAAUUUGUCCUGUACCGUCCUUAUCCAUCUCACCAUGGCAACAAACUUCAGAACUUUUGCUCGAGUAUUGGUCCAUUUGCGUUGUACCAAGCAAGAGCCCGGAAACGAUGAAUUUCCAAGGACUUUAUCAGGCAGUCCGUUCUAGAUUACAUUUUAGCCAAGUUGCCGCCUGGUGGUCCAGAAGUAACGGGAUAGAACCGAAUUACGUUGCAACAAGAGUCGUGCCGUACAACGAGGAUAAUCUAAGAAAAUUUCGGGACUCGCCGGUUGAACAUACUUUUCCUCUAGCUGGUAACGGCGACGGAAGUUCCAUCAAGGUCACCGUUUGGGCAUUGCCACGGAUGGAAGAGGUGCCGAUACUUAGCUGCUCGUUACAUCCGACGAAAGAGAAAGACGAGGAAGGUGUCGCUAGGGCGCUAACUCCAACCAAAACGAUUCCCGUGGUAUCGACGAACACUUCGCAAAACUCCGACGGCCUCGUUAUGCCGGUACUGCUGGACGAUAGGCUCCAUACACCAUGCAACAAGCCAGGCAAACAUCAUUGUCGUUGCGAGGAAGAAGAUGCUUCUCCGCCUUCCCCAUCGAUCGCCAGGCCUAUCGGCGAGAGAAAACGUCGUAGAUCCCUUCCUUGUGGUCCACCGGAUGUUAGUCCUAGCGUAACGUUUCAGGCUAUGCCACUGCCGGCCGUCCGGGAGUCAAGUGUACGAGAGCAAAGAGAUAAUGAUCGUUUGAUAACAAGUUCGAGCUCGAGUUAUCCUAGAUCGUCCUCGGAGAUGUUGAAUAAUCGUGGAGUCACGGCUAUAAAAUUUUCAAAUGGACAUCAUCAGAAUCGGUUCGAGGAGAACACGCUUAAGAGUCGUAAUAAUCUAAAUUCUGACAAUCUCGAGCGUUGCUUUAAGACGCAGUUAAGUAUCGAGGAACGAGAUGGUAACGUUGAAAAACGUUACAAGCUUACACUCGAGAACACGAUGAACGGUGCGGAAGGGAAAUCGUGCGAAUUAGGAGAAGAGAAAACGCGACGAUCGGAGAAAGGAUGUGGUGGUGGUGGUUGUGGUAAUGAAGGUGGUGGCGGCGGCGGCGGCGGCGGUGGUGGUGGUGGUGGUGGUGGCGGCAGUACUGGUGGCGGAUUUCGUAAGAACAUUAAUUGCACUGGCACACCGGCUGAGAGUAAAUCGAUGGAAAAGAAUGGUCUCUUCGAGAACCUCAUACCAUUUAAUUCUUCCUUACCAUGGUCAUUCGUCGAGUCUUGGAACAAUAGCGGUGCCAAUGGCAAGUGCGGCUUUCAGAGUUUACGAGGACCAAAGGAAGGACGUUUUAAUGGAUCAUCGAGAAUGUAUUCCGUGCCUGCACCACCUGUGAUAGAUCCCUUCAAACGAGCUACGCCUUUCCACGAAUCCAAUCCAGGACCUUCUACGUACGAGAGCACAUAUAUCAAAUCUAAGCAAGAUACUUUUGAAUCGCCCUGUACGGUACAUCAAACUCGAUCGAAAUCCUCGAUAAAUGGUUUCGGAUGUAGCGAUUGUAAGGAAACAUUUAAGAACGAUGAGAAUCCAAGAUGUCGUGGGAAGCCUAACAAAGAUUUGAAUCAGAUGAUGUCGAAGCUGUCUUUCCCGGAUGGACAACAGUCCGAGAAGGACAAGGCAAAAGAGGAAGGUGGUAUUCUGGAUUGGUUUACCAGGGUACCUAGUCGUGUUCUUGGAGUUUCACCUAACAAUGGUUACGUUGAAAAUAGUAAAGCCAAAGACACGAACUUGAAAUCUCAGGAUCAGCAUGGCAACGAGGUCAAGUUUAAAAACUGCAACUUGGAACUUAGCCAGCGUGAAUUCGAUGAAGUUUUGGCGGUGUUAAGAGCCAGGACACCCUCCGGACGUAAGAGGACUCCUUUGAAAACCAUCAAGAGACGCGAUAGAUAUGAGAAAUCCCUCGAGGAUGGCUCCUUCGAAAAGCCUUCGACUAAGUUUCCUACCAAUUUGGAUUCCAAUGAAUAUCUUGUUGUCAAUCACGUGGAUGCACGGAUUAAACCAUGCGAGAAUUGCAAUCACAGGUAUUGUAAGAAAAACGAGCAUCGAUUAGCUGAUAAAAGCGUCACAUUAGAUCGCGUUUAUGGAAGUAAAAAUAUUUAUAAUCCAACCCACGAGAGGCAGGACAAGCUAGGAAAUUAUAUGAACGACGAAUCGAAAAGCGAUAAAUCUUGCGUAACGGACAAACGUGUGAGUGCUAAUCCAGUCGAUUGUUUACAAAGUGUAUCGAAUAAGGCAGAUGUAUUAUUGGGGGCCAUAUUGCGAACUAGCAAGGAUCGGAAAGGUCUGUCGGAUAUUUCCAAUGGGACCAGAUCUCAAAUUGCCACGUUGAAUGCGAAAACCGAUAACGAAACUAAUUCUAGGUUGGAACAGCCAAAUUCGAUCGGGAAACUCGAACAUGAUUUGAGAAUCGCACCGUACGAAGACGACAAGUCGUUGCCGUUGGCAUUGAAUAAAAAAUUCAAUCGUUUUCGUCAACUCUUUAAAAAGGAACAAGAAAGGAAGGCGACGGAAGAUAAUCUUCAACAGCAGCAGCAGCAACAACAACAACAACAGCAACAACAGCAACAACAACAACAACAACAACAACAGCAGCAACAACAACAACAACAACAACAACAACAGCAGCAGCAGCAGCAACAACAACAACAACAACAACAACAACAACAAGCACAACAAUGCGUGCGAAAUUCUUCUCAACGUUUAAACAGUAUGAAUUUAAAUUUGUCUUGCAAUAACAUUCAGAUUGGUAAUUCGGUUGAUAAUACGACACGUAAUUUGAGAGAGGUCAAAAUAAAGAGAAAAAUAGAUUUUUCGAAUUUUCCGGAGGAGAUAGGAAGGAUCGAGGAACGAUCGGAAUCGUCGUCUUUAGAUUCUAGUACAAAUGGCGCACAUCAAAACUCAAGGAUACAUAGUACAAAUUACAAGGAGGAUCAUCGUAGUAACGUCUGCAACAAGGGAGAUCCCAUGAACAGGCUGUACAGUACAAAUCAAAUUAAAAAGGACGAUUACGAAGAUGAACACGGAGAUCAAACUAAUCGAGAUAAUAAAGCACAUAAUAAUAAAGAUCCUGUUCCAUCCGCCGUUAAAAUUACGCCGGUCUCUUUGCAAAACAGUUUCUCGUCUUCCAAAAUACGAAAUAACAAUCACAAGGCCGGCUUCAGCAGUAGCAGUACCGAGGACGAUGAGACACUCGACAAAGCUGUUCCUUCGGCGAUCGAGCAAGAAAGGUUUCGAAGGUCUUUGGAGAACGCGGCGUCAAUGGUAUUCCACAGUAGGACUGGUUUGCCCCUUACAUCGAGUCCCGCCCCAUUGAGAAGAGGUAGCUGCUGUUUCGACUAUGACAGUAGCUUGAAUUCCGUUUCCUCGAAAAGAAGUGCGCUCUUUGAAUUGAAUACACCACCAAGUCCAGGUGCGGUCUCGUUGGAGGAGACCGAUCGAGAAACAGAGAAUGCAUGCGAAGGCGAAGAACCACCGAGAAGGCGUUCGACCUCACGAAACAGGCCACAGAGUCAUGCUCUCUUAGGUAGCUUCGAGGAAUCAGCUUUGAACGGUAGACUCGAACCAGUAUCGACUGUUCACGGGUUCACAGCGGAACUCGGUGCGAGUGGUUCCUUCUGUCCUAAACAUCGAAAGCUUCCAGUUACUGUGUUCUUCUAUACUCUCGGGGACAAUGACAAAGUCUCUACACCGUACCUCGCUCAUAUUAAUCUAGGAAAGAAGGGUUAUCAGGUACCCAGAAGCGGUACUAUUCAAGUGACCCUACUCAAUCCAUUGGGUACAGUUGUCAAGAUGUUCGUAGUUCUGUAUGAUCUUUCCGACAUGCCACCACGAUCUCAUACUUUUUUACGUCAAAGAACUUUACGGGAUAAAACCCUACGCUACCUCGUACAUCUUAGAUUCAUGUCCGGGAAAUCAGGCAGGAUUUAUCUACACACUGACAUACGUAUGAUCAUUUGCCGCAAGUCCGAUGUAGAUACAGCCUCGGAUUUUGGAUCAGAACCACCAAAGGAACUUAGAAGUUAUAUUCAUGGUCCUACAAAUCCAAAAUUUUCACCAAGGUGCUGAGCCACGUGGCUCUUUCCAUGGGGUUGCUGCCGAUCGCUCCGCCCACCUAGUCCCCUUCAUGUCGAGGUUUGAUUCGCUAUGUAUGUGACUGCGAGAAGAGGAAACUAAAAGAUCUUGUUUUGUUUUUGUUUUUUUUUCUUUCUUUCUUUCUUUCUUUCUUUCUUUCUUUUUUUUUUUGUUCUUCUUCACACACACACACACACACACACACACACACGCGAGAAAGUGGGAUCACAUAUUAGAAAGAAUUUGACGUUGGUACACUAAGAGAGAUAAUAAUAAUAAUAAUAAUAAUAAUAAUAAUAAUUAUAAUAAUAAUAAUAAUAAUAAUAAUUAUUAUAAUAAUAAUAAUAACAAUAACCAAUUUGAAAGCUAUAGGAGAGUUGAUCAUAUUUACGAUCCUUCUCUCUUAUUUAUGGUAUGUUUAAAAUAUAUUUGUGACGUGGGAUGUGCUUAGUAGCAUUAGCUUGCGAUAGUUUCUUCUACAUCAAUUUUGUUUCUCUUUUUUUUUUUCUUUUUGUUUUUCUUCUUUUUUUUUUUUUUUUUUUUUGAAGGAGAAGUUAGGGAUGGCGUGUUGCAAAGUUGGUAUGUGUUUUACUUGUUUAAGUUAAUAUCUGUUACAUAGAAGAUUGUACGAUUGAAAUGUUUUCGUUUUAUUUUACUCGUGAUAUUUGAGUGUAUUGGAAAAAAGUCAUAGUUUGUUUAGAUUUGCACGUAAUCGUUAGAUCUGCGUAACUUUCGAUUCUUUUCGCUCAAAAAUAUGUUUUUCUAUCAACGUUAUUAGUUUCAUCCCUAUCUUUUUUCUUUUUUUUUUUUUUUUUUUUUUUUUUUUUUUUUUUGAAAUCGUUGAGUUUGUAACAAUUGUGAAGAUUUUAAAAAAGGAAAAGGAAAAAAAAAUGCAAAAAAGAAAAUAGAACAAAAAAAAAAGGAAAAAAGAAAAAAAAAACUAUUACUUUCGUUUUAUUUCCAAAAUAUCAGAAUUUGUCGCAAGCUAUAAGAUCUCCUUGGGAAGUCUCAUUCUUUCAAUUUAUCUCUGUAAAUAUAGUCUAAUGUAAAGUCAACUAAGAUUUUUUUUUUUUAAUGGGAUAAUACUGCCAUCUAUGUGUGUAGUAACCCUAAACGAGGAAGAAACGAGUGAUAAAAAUGGGAAAUAUCAAAAUAUCGGACCUCUCGUUGAGAUAUUUUUAUCUAAUAUAUACAUAUAGUAGAAAAUUAUAAAUUUGUGAUAUAAAUGUGUUCUUUAUAAAUGGAUUCGAUUUAUUCGGUGUUAAAUUCAAAUUAAAUUAAACGUUUCAUUUUGUUUCGUUUUUUUUUUUAUUUUUUUUCUUUUUUUUUAUUUUAUUAUUAUUUCUAUGUUUA